CCGCUCGUUCCGCGUCCGCACAGUACGCGCCCAGCGGCUAGUCGCGGUAUAUCGCGGCGUCAUCUUCGCCGCCGUCGUUGCGGUCGGUCGUUCUCUCGGUCGGCGCCGGUGGUGCGCGUAACACGCACGCACACCCACGCACCUACGUUCUCCCUUUGUCGCGCGACGACGCGUCGGUGCGCGCGCCCGCGGAGCGGUCGCCCCGUUCUCUCGGCCGGCGUUUCUUUUUCAUUUUCUCCGCCGUCGCCCCCCGUGCGUUGUCCGCGAGGACGCACAAGGAGAACAAGGAGCGGAGGAGACGUCGCAGGCGGAACUUUUUUCUGCCGCAACCAGGACCCGUUAUCGCCGUCGUCGUUUCCCCGCCGCCUCGCCGUUCCUUCCCUCCCGCGGAGCGCCUCCGCACCGCACUGAGAUACAAGACGUAGCAGUAUGGUAUGCUAUCAGUGACUGAGAACUUCCCCUAAAACAUGAAGAAGCAUCCUCACAUCCUCGCGUGUACCCUGCUUUUGCUGUCUUUGGCGUUAGGCCUCAGCCUGCAGGAGGACGAUCUGGUUUUCGACGACGUUGGUGAAGACAAUGACAAUGAUAACGUACUUGCCGGCUUGCCCCUGAUUAAUCAUCGCGCAAAUCGCCAUCGAUUCGAUCAUUCAGAGUAUCGUCCCGAUGGAUCAUUCAGAGAAAACAAGAAACACGCACCUCGGGUCGAGAGGCUGUGGGGUGUGCCGGACGCCAUCGUUCCGGUCGGCCACGUUUUCAAGAUGAAAAUACCACGGCAGGCCUUCUCGGGAAACAUUGACUUUUACGAGGUUCGUGAAGCCAUCGGCAAUCAUCUGCCGCGAUGGUUGCAUUGGGACGACGCGGCGUUCACUCUGAUGGGCGUGCCAUCGAAAACGGACACAGGGAAUUAUCACUUGAGCGUUACGGCCAUCGGCAAGAACGGUGACACCGCCAAAGAUCAGUUCGUCGUGCAAGUUAUACCCGAGAAGCAGGAGGAGCUCAAGCACAAGGAUGGGAGGACGCAUUGCAACGACGGCGAAGAACAGACAAUUCUCACGAUUUUACUGGACGCACGAUUGGACCAACUGUCGCCUAGCGUCAAGGUGAACGCAAUCGACAAUCUCGCAGGAUUUCUGGGAAUGCACAUGAGCGCAUUUUCGAUGCACUCUCAAAAUGUUAAGGAUGCCGCGGUGAAAGAUUCUUCCGUUAUUCUGAGUGGGCCUGGAAAUCUUAGACAUUACAAAUACAAGGAGAAUCAUUUGACUACUAUACAGUGGCAGGUGGGUUGCGAGGGUCGCUUAUGGAAACAUCAAGCGGAAUUGGUGAAACAACUCCGGGAGCAAGCAAAGGACGGUACUCUGGCAGAAGUUCUGCAGUUGCCCGUAAUAUCGUGGCGCGUAAAGACGGACUCGAGUCCUUUCUUGAGGAAUAGGCGGGAAGUCGGCUCCGGCGAUUAUGGCUCGGAGGAUUAUGGCGGUUACGAUGAAGAUUACGAUGGCGAUUAUGACGAAGAAGGCGACGAGGAGGGUGAGGAUGAGGAUUCGCGGGUACAAGUAACGACUUUCAUACCGGAUUUGAAGACAUCGGAGCAUCCGCACAGACAUCAUCACGGCGAAGGAACAGUCGACAGAAAGAGUGAAGAUAUCGAUGAAGAGGAAAUAGUACCAAUAAUCCGACAAAGUGAACCGGAAAAUAAACCAUCUACGUCUAUGUCUACGACAACAACCACUGAACUUACAUCACCAUCAACAACUACAAGCACCUCUACUACCACCACUACGGUGACAACUACAAGCACCACCCAAGCCGCUCCACCGACCGUAACUACUACUAGUAGUACUCCAACAACAACUACAUCAGCCGAUAUAACUGCAACAGCUAGCGUCUCCAGCACUGUAGUUCCAUCGAUAGAGUCUCCGAAACCGGAGAUCACGGACGAGGAAUCGUCGACGGAGAAAACGAAGUACCCCGUGGAACCCGUUACCAUUUUACCGACCGCUCCCUCGGACAUCACCACGAUUAUCCUUUCCAUAACCACCAGCCUACCCUCUUUUAGCACUGCGGCCCAGACCCAGACUAGCGUUUUCGACAGAGUCGAGACGGAGGUCAUCGUCGGUAUUAGUAACGUUACGGAGGAGUCGGAGCAAGUUACGACUUCGACGAACGUUUCGAGUACUGUACAACCUACCGUCGUUACAAACGUCAGCACCGCUCUCCCGCCUGUGAACGUUAGCACCGUCACUGUUUCACCCGUGGUGGUGACGAAUGCGACGAAUGUCACGACUACGAUCACAACUACUGCGAUACCGUCGACGUCGGAGCUUCGCACAACAGUGAGUACGACACCGUCAACCACCACCAGUACUACCACCACUACGACUACCACAGCUGCUCCUACAACCACCACGACAACGACGACGACGACUCGGGUUACUACGGAAAGUAUCGAGUACGGGCAAGCCAACUUCCCGCCAAGGCGCGACAGGAGAUUAAAGAAGAUACCGGUUACCGCUGGAAAACCAUUGAGCUACAUCAUACCUGCCAACACUUUCAGCGAUCUCGAAGACGGCGACACGAGGAAUCUGAAAUUGAGCUUGUACUGGCAAGGUGCACCGCUUAAAACGACUCACUGGCUGCAGUUUAAUCAUCACACGCAGGAAGUUUACGGACUGCCUCUCGAAAACGAUAUAUCUACCUGGAAUUACGAACUGGUCGCCACCGAUAGCGAAGGCGCUAACGUCUCCGACAGUCUCGACAUUCACGUUCAGCAGCACAAAUUGAGCCGUAGCGUUAAUCACGAGUUCAGCAUUUACUUGAGGAUCGACAAACGAAAUGAAUUCCCAACGGACGUUGACUGGGAACUGAAGGUGAUCCGUAACUUGGCUGAACUUUAUGGCGACAGCGACACGCAACACAUCACGGUCCGUUCCAUCGAUAUUGACUAUCUCGAUCGCGAACAGGCUAUUUUCAUGUGGACUAACGAUAGUCUUCCAAGAAGCAGCGAGUGUCCAAAAGAACAUAUAAACAGACUGUUGCGUAUGCUUGUCGACAAUAAUGGUGAUCCAUCAUCUUCUUUGAGAGCGACUCUGGCUCCGGAAAUCAGAGUCAAGCGCGUCGUGUUCCAAGGUAUCGGCCAAUGUGAGGACAUGAGCCGUCCAGAGAUACCGAAAGUUUCCACCGAGCAGCCGAAAGUUAAUUUCCCGCCGGUACCGAGAAACCAAGUCGAUCACGUCAAUGCGACAGUCGGACAGUUGCUCGUGUUUAAAGUACCGGAAGACACGUUCUUCGAUUCCGAGGAUGGAUCGUCGCGAAACAUGAAGAUGUCACUCUUGACCAUCGACCGAAUACCUAUUCCGCCGCACGAAUGGCUGCAGUUUGACAGCAAAAAUCAGGAAUUCUAUGGCGUUCCAAUGCGCACUGAUAUCGGCCGCAAGGAAUACCAGCUGGUUGUCACCGAUAAGGAAGGUGCUAGUGCCACGGACGGUUUGGUCGUUGUCGUUCACCCCGCACCACCCAUGGCGCACACGGUGGAAUUUUCGAUGACACUGGAUAUCCCUUACGAUUCCUUCGCACACUCCGCGCUUCAGAAGCGCAAUUUCAUCGAGAAGCUGCGAGAUCUUUACGGGGACAAAGACACGAGCGCGAUCUCUCUGCACAGCAUUUCAAACGGCAGCACUGUCAUCACGUGGCACAACAGGACUCUGCCCACAUCUUAUUGCGCCCACGACGAGGUCAAUAGACUACGAUCCGUGCUCGUGAAGAGCGACAACGAUCGACGUUCCGUAACGGACGAGGUGUUGGAGGUGAUGGGUCUGAAGUUCCCUGUAAAGCAGAUCACGGUGAUUCCGAUGGGAAUCUGUCUCGGCGAGUUAACGGGUGUCCAUUCGCCGGACAGCCGUAUUCCGCCAGUGGACGAUUCCACGUCCGUUGGCGCAUUCCACGACGAUUAUCUUCUCACCUUCGUCCUGCCGGCAAUCAUUAUUGCCGUCAUGCUCAUCCUCGCGGGCAGCAUUGCCUGCGUGCUGCACAGACGAAGACGCAGUGGCAAAAUGAGCGUCAAUGAGCAAGACGACGAACGACAGAGUUUCCGAAGCAAAGGAAUUCCUGUAAUCUUCCAGGACGAGUUAGACGAGAAGCCGGAUCCCGGCAACAAAUCACCCGUCAUUUUGAAGGAAGAAAAGCCACCCCUCCCACCGCCCGAGUAUCAGAAAGCCGAAGACGGGGCGGAUGUGCCGAUGCUGCUGAAGGAGAACUCCGAGGAACCGUAUCAACCGCCGCCACCGUUCGCUACGAAUCGCGACACCAAUCGACAGAAUCGUCCCAAGCCGACCCCGACGUACAGAAAACCGCCCCCGUAUGUGCCUCCCUAACAAAAUACGGUGCAUUCACCCACGCGCAAAUAUAUGCUAGCAAUGCUCGGAGACUCACCGAUACAUAAACAAAACCAAAUCAAUUAUACGAAGCAAUCACGAAUUUGCGAUGACGAUGACGAUUGUAGGAUUUUGAACGUUUACAGCGACGUUUGAAAGAAAGCCCUUCCAUUUACUCGGUACGACAAUAUAUACUGCUUUGCGAGUAAUGUAAAUGGAAGAUUCUUCCAUGAAAACUUUGAACCCGUACGCGUUUUUACUUGUUUUAUAUAUAUACACACACACACGUACAUACACACGCACAUAUACAUAUACAGGCGAGAAAACGGCACGUCUCACCAUCGAUUCAUGAUAAUGCGUUUGAAAAAGGCUCCUCAGUCGAUGUUCGAUCGAUAUAUACUUUCUCUCUUUCGACCAUCUGUCUAUCUCACGCGAAAGAAAAAGAAAAGAUUUUCUAGGAAGUAUGGGAUACAAAUCACGUGUUGCCUUUCGUAAAGAAUUCAAUUGUAGGGAAGGACCGAUUGCUCCGUACUCGAUACGCGAAUUUAGUUUAGAUCGUUGUAGAACUGAGACAGCGCGGUAGGGUAAACGUAUUUUAUUCGAUUUUAUAGCAUUCGAGACAGCAACGAUACUCAUAAAUAUUUCAAUAAUCAGUGCCAUCUAUUAAGCAAUAAGAGUAUCCUGUGAAUAACAGCAUGUAUGUAUAAUUAUUACGGUUCUACGGAUUUAAUGCAAUUACUGUUUACCGAGAGUCUCCAGGUACACAAGAACGACGGACUUAACGAUAUGCACCUACAACGUAUAACACUGCCAGAACGACGGACAAUGCGUUACUUCGCCAAGCGAACCGGUUUCGAGUGUUCAUGCACAUACGUACGGACACGCGCGUGUGUAUACAUAUAUGUAAUAAUCAUAUCUUUUAUAUAUAUAUAUAUAUAUAUAUAUAUAUAUAUAUAUGUAUCUCAUAUGUAUAUAUUACAUAUAGAAAUUUGCUUUCCAAACCCUCCAUUUAGGAUAAUUUGUAACGAAAUUGGACGUCACUCUUAUAUGGAUGUAGAAACCAGUUCCCUUGGCGAUCGCUAUUUCUUACGAUGAAGAUAUUGGAGAGAACUGAGAACGUUUUUGAGACAUAAUUUAAAAAAACGAUUACGAUAUACGCAACGCCAUUGCAAAAUGACGGAAAUGCUUCCAUUGGCACGGUAGGCCAUGCAGAUAAGGAAAUUAAUGAUAAUAUAUAUACAAAUAUAAAUAUAUAUAUAUAAAUAUGUACAUUAUACAUAUACCUAUUUGCCGUUCGAUAGACAUCAGUCUGCAGUUAUUUAGUAGAUCGCAAUUUAAAUACUGCCAGACCAACCGAGCUAUUAGCAUAUAUUUCUUACAGCGGUAGGAGGAUCCAGUUUUUGUUUUUGUUACACGCACAAUUCGACGCUUCGUAGUUUUUAUGACUCGACAACCGCAAUAAACCCUUUUAUUUCUCCGGUUUGCAUCGUUUACGGACGAGCGUACGAGUUAGCAUCGAAAAGUUGACUCAGGACGAAAAGAAACACUGAUGCGCACGUACAUAAGAAUGAAACUAUUUAAUUUAGACUUUAUAAAAUAGUUACCAAGCCAAAAAAUAAUUAAUACUUAAAAAGCAAGGUGAACGUAUAACGUUAUAAGGGCAUACCUGUAAACGAGAAGCCUGUAGCCCGCGUUCUUUUUUAACAACGCAUUUUUAUAUAAUGAUUUUUGUAAUUUUUUAAUCGCCCUGCUGCGAAACACCCAUACAUACAUACUAUCAUCGUUUGUACAUUUGGUGCGUCGGAAGAGUGCGGGCUACAGUACGGGUAUGCGGCCGUUUCUUCAAUACCUCGAUAGUUUCCUGAUAUUUUUGAAAGGAAAUACGAGAAACGAAAAAAAAAUUUUGUGCGCGUUCCGAAUUCGAGUGCUCCGUGCGUCGACCGCGAUAUAUUUAUUGAUGGUCGAUGGAAUGGAUCGACAAAUUUGCGGGCGUGCUUAUAUAUUGGUGUGAAUGCUGAUGAUCAAUACGCAUGUAAGAUGAUAAGAGAACAUUUCGUAUGCAAGCUAUGAAUUACGAUAUAAUAUAUUAAUAUUAACUCAUAUCUUUAUAACAUAGAUGAUUUUUUUAGGCGCAUGCCAUAACAAUUGACAAAGAAAGCUCAUAAGAUAGGACUCGCCGAUUCUCUUUGUCUUUUGCUAUCGUCAAGCGGUUGAAACAAUUAACUAUAUAAGCGAAAUGUGCUUUCGACAAAUUAUUUACUUGAAUCAUUGGAUAUACGUGUACAAACUUUAUACUUGAAGUUGUUUGUUUUGUUCGAGAAAGCGCUCUUUCGCUUGUAUAAUUAAUAGCUCAAUUGCUUCAUACUUGCAAAGUACGAACGAAAUUGGAAUAUUGCUUGAACUUUGUGUGAAUAUUUGUUAUUUCACUCGCAUCUUGUUUAUCGCAGAAUGACAUUUCGUAUUUGAAUUAAUAGCUGUAAUUGCGUUUUUCUUGAUCAUGUUUAUAACAUAUGACUAAGAAUCUUCUGUGUUAUAUUUCACGCGAUUUGAGUAUAACAAUCUACCAUCGUAAGGUGGCAUUACAUUUUAUAAUUGUGAUAUUCCUUUAUGCGCGGCUUCGUUAGAGACAUAAAUAACUCUAUGUGUGAAUAUUUUGAAUUCACACUGCAGCUACUCUACGUCAAUUUUUGCUAAAUCAAAACUUUACAUUCAAUAUACUAUAUAUCCUUUCCUAUUUAUUAUUUUAGACAAGAUCUUUACAAAAUAGUAAUGGUUGAAACACUGGCUAAAUAAAAAUAUAUUUAACUAUUAUUAAUUAUCUUUCAUCGUGUAGAAUAGAAUAUUUGAGAAUAAGUGUAUUCGGUAAUCAUUUUACACGAAAAGCACGAUGCAUCGAACGGUUGAACGAAGAAUUGCAUAUUUUGUUUACGAUCUGCGGUAAACAAGUACAACCCAUAUCAUGCUUGUAAUCAUAUCGUCGUGUUCUACGCGUAUCCUUUAAGCGCUACAAUUGUGUUACUGUGAAAAUGAUGAUGAUGAUGAUCAUGAUGUAUGAUAGGCAUGUACGAUAUUUAUAAGAUAGAGACAAUGUGAAACGAGACGCUAUACAAAAAUACAUUUCAUGAGCAGCACAUUUGCUAGCGACGGUUUUUCUGGCCUGACGUGAGAAUGGAUCGAAAGUAUUUUGUAACUGUGCUUUGUAAAAAGUGAAGGUGGCAUAAAUUGCGAAAUUAAUGUGACCGUGACUUUCAUAUUCGGCCGCUUUCUGAGAAAUCGGGCUAACGGCGGGCACGAAAUAAAAGUUCCAUUAGAAAAAAUAAGGAAAAAGAAAGAGAGCUAUCUCGCAUCGCCCAUACGAACGUGUUGUAUACAUAACUAUAUAUAUAUAUAUAUAAUAUAUAUAUAAUAUACACACACACAUACUUAAGAGUAACAUAUUGACUGGAACUUUCAGAUUAUUUUUAUUCGCUAUAACAGCGCUUCGAUAUAUAUAUCGAUACAUAUAUCGGGUAAAACGUUUGCGUUAAUGUUUCGCGAAAGGCGAGGCGAAAUAUCUUUUGUAUGACGUGCUUCUCCGCUGAAUAACGGAGCCGUUGAUACUUACUUCUUAAGUUUACGCUAAAUAACAUAUCUCAAAAAAGAGGGAGAGAGAGACACACAAAGAAUAAAUUUGUGGGCGCAUCACUUAAGCGUGUACUUCGAAAUCGAUGACGUGCGAUUGUUUUGAGGCCGUACGACGGUAUCGCUCGUCGACUAUUAAUGAAAAGAAAAGAAAAAUAUCGAAUUAACACUAUACAUAUAUAAAUAUCUCUGAGACAAGUACUACAUAUUAAAAACACGUGUAAAGCUAAGAGUUAAUAAAAUCAUUUUAGGAUA